GCUCAUCUUUAUUUUACAUAUUCUACCUCUCUUGAACAGACACCUUACAUUGUUUUAGAUACUUUUAUGAAAUCAAAGCUCAUCAUCAGGCUAUAUCUCAAAAAUGCUGUCAGUUCCACCAGAUCUUUUGGCCAGCGACAACAUUUCACAUGAAAUUAAUGAAUUGAUAAUCGAAGGGAAUAAAUUCUAUUCUUUGAAAGACUAUGAACAAAGUGUUUCAAAGUAUUCUGAAGCUUGUUCUUUAUUUGGUGAUCAAACGUCCUCAAAGCAGUACAAAGAAACUUUGUACUUGUAUGGGAAAUCGUUAUUUUCGUUGGCAAUUUCAAAAUCACAAAUUCUAGGUGGUAGCAACAACAACGACCUGACAAAGCAGACCAGCAGAAAAGAAGAUCUUAACCAAAAUUCUGAUUCAGAUAGAAAUAUCACUAACUCAAAGCAUUUGACUAUAUCUAAAGAACAAAUGCCUCAAAAAUUGGACCACCAAAAAGCCUCUAAAAUUCAGGAUAGCAACAAAAAUAAUGGUAAUCAGAAUUUUCAUUUUGACGAAACAGUUGCAGAAGAGGAAAUUGAUAAUUCUGAUAAUUCUGAUAAUUCUGAUAAUGACCUAGAAUCUGAGGCAGGAAGUUUUGAUGAAGUGAGCAGCAGAGAAGAUCCAAGUGUGAGUUUCAAAGAGGAUGAGGAAAACUAUCUAACUAAAACAAACGAAAAUUUGAAAAGAAUUACAUUAACGGCAAAUGAUCAAAAACAAUCUUUUAGUACGGGUGAUAUUUCUGAUGACGAUUCAAAUAACAUUGAAAAUGAUUUUGAACUAGCUUGGGAUGUAUUAGAUUUAUCGCGUGUUUUGUUUGAAACAGAAUUUGAAGAAUUGAAGAAAGUCGAUAGGCAUAAUAAUUUAGAAAAAGUAGAGAUUCUCAAAAAAAUAAGUGAAAUCUAUAAUUUAUUAGGAGAAGUGUCUUUGGAAAAUGAGAACUUUAAACAAUCAACUGCAGAUUUUUUGAAAAGUUUGGAUUACUUAAUUAUAAUGAACGAUAUUAUAAAAGAAUAUAAAAUUUCUCAAAUUGAUUACAAGUUAUUGAGUGAGAUUCACUACAAACUAUCUUUAUCAUAUGAGUUUAAUUUCGAAGAUUCAGAAAACAAAUCUAAAUCCAUUGAGAAUAUGCAAAAAGCAGUAAAUUAUGUUAACUUGACUUAUAAAAGAUUACUUUCGCUAAAAAAUCUGCUUAAUGAUAAACUCAAUGAGACGCCAAUUAAUGAUAAUUUGAAAGGUGAAAUAUAUUCCAUUGAUAUGGAUAUUAAGGAUCAAGUUUCAUUGAUUGAAGAAUUGAAAGAAAGAUUAAAUGAUCUACUGCACGACCCUACUCAAGCAUUUAAAGAGCAACAAAUGGCUUUAAUUAAAGGGCUAUUAGGCCAGUCGACUAAAAAAGAAAGUCCAGCAGACAUUAAUAAUGCUCAUCAUAACAUUGUGGAUCAAAUCCCAAAAGAAGAAAAUGUAUCAAAACCCGAAAUUAAUGAAGUAUUUGUACCUACAAUGAUAAAUGAUAUUACUGCAAUGGUGAAGAAAAGAAAAAUUAAACCAAAAACGAAAAAUCUUAAAAAAAAAGCAAAACACUAGUAAUCACUGAAAUUAGGGUACUCCAAAACCCAUCGAAAUGAAUGGAAAAUUUUGUAUUUUAUAGUGUUAUUUGUAAAUGUUUUUAUUUAGUUAUUCGUUUUCACUUGUUCUAAUAAGAAUGUUAAUUAGUUUGAUUAUAUGCUGAUUUAUAAUUCAAGUGUAGAGAAACUUCGAUUAGAUAAGUUGGAAUCAAUUCUGUUUGAAAAGUGAUUUGUCUUGGAUUCAAUUGCUUUGGAUUCACCUCUAGAGAGGAGGAAAACGUGAUAACCUAUUUUGAAUUGAAAAAACUUGAUGAAAAUACUAAACUGUUAAAUUUUAUUAAUAAAAGAAUAACAAGAUCUGUUAUAAUCUACCAACC